AUGUCGACCGGGCUAGAAGUAACAGGUUUCAUGCUAGGUGCGGCUAGUUGGCUGCUGACAGGCGUCGCUCUGGCUAACGAUUACUGGAAGGUGUCCACUUACUCCGGCAGCGUCAUCGUGUCCAACCGCCAGUACGAGAACCUGUGGCACUCGUGCGCCGAGGACAGCAGCGGCGUCAGUAACUGCAGAGACUUUCAGUCCAUGCUCUCCCUGCCAGGUUAUUUGCAGGCAUGCCGUGCCCUGAUGAUCAUAGCCCUGGUCCUGGGCCUGAUAUCGGUCUUUAUUUCGAUGAUGGGUCUCAAGUGCAUUAAGAUUGGCACUGCAUCAGAUCAAACCAAGAGUAAGGUUGCCAGCACCGGCGGAGUAAUGUUCAUUCUGUCAGGCUUGAGCAGCAUUACGGCCGCGUCCUGGUACGCCUCCCGUGUUGUCCAGGAGUUCUAUAACCCCUUAUAUGGAGGCAUUAAGUUCGAGCUCGGUGUGGGCCUCUACAUGGCCUGGGCUGGGGCCUGUCUGGCCAUCCUCGGUGGGGCUUUCCUAUGUUGUUCCUGCAGAGAAGGAAUGAAGGGGUCAGGAAAAGCGAAAUACUAUGCAAAGUCUGGCCAGGGUCAGAACAUCUACAGAGGAGCAGCGACCUCAGAAACGGGGACUGCAAAGGCCUUUGUUUAAACUGCAUUUGCUAAACUGUUUCAUAAGAAGUAGCAUUUUUCGUUUUGGUUGUUUUUGAUGCUCUUUCUUUCGAUUUCAUAUCUUUCGAUUUAUUAUCUAACCCUUCAAUUACCAUAAACCAUUCAGUGAAACCUAACAAUUUAAGGUACUAGUUACAAAUCAGUUGUGUAUUGUGUGUUUUUGAAUAUUAAUGGUUAUUAAUAAAAUCGAAUUUG